AUGGGUUCCCAAGCAGAUCCGUUUUUUGAGCAUGCCAUACGAUAUUCUUCCGGGUCUUUUUGUUCCUUGGUCUAUCUUGCGGCAUUCGGCAAUAGGCAGCUUGCACAAAAGGAGCUGAAAAAAGAAGCAUGUUCAUGGCGCUCAGGGGGCUACGUGGAUAAUUCGCACUUACAGGUAUUAAACCAUGACAACGGAAUUGGCAAGAUCCGCAUGUGUAAUGAUGAUGAUAUCGAUCAGAUUCUGCUCUAUGAAUAUGGCGCGGUUGAUCCAGCCAACCCCGAGACACCUGCGCCAUGGGUGGCCAGCACGUUCAACAUCUCUCAGCGUGCGCUAUUCAAGAUCAUGACAAAUUACGAUAUUGCUCCUGCAGCCAGCUCGCAUAUACGGGGACAAGAGCAGACAUUCGGGUCUAAAGUCUCAGUGAACGAGAGUGGCGAAGUGCAGGCGUUUGAGUUCUGGUACGCCAUCCGCGCGAGAGCGUACUUUCGCGAGGUUGAUAAAGAUGCUGACCUCAAAAUGAAUAUUGUAACGAAGUACGACGUCCCGAUCAAAUCGACUAUUGUGGUCUUAAAAUAUAGAUCCUUCAAUGACCUGGCAUGCAAGCUGAAGGGUGGGCUUAUUUCCAAACUGCACGAGCUGGUUAUGGAACCCAGCACUCGAGAGGUUGCGAAAAGUCCGUUCGCAGUUUCCCUUCUGCAUUUCAACGCCACCGCGCAAUGGUAUCGACGAGCAGCACGAGAUCCGGGAGAUAGCUUGAGAAAAGAGGAAGAAAAAAUUCAUGACGGACCCGAAAAUAAUGAAAACGAGGUCAACGCGAUCAUCGUGCGGAGACUCCAUCUCACUAUGCGUAACCUUGACCAGGAUAAACUACAGCUCACGUUUAUUCUUGGUGUUAUCGACAGCCUGCGCAAGCAACAUGACCUCUUCUACAGGCUUGUCCGGAAGUCUCCUAACCCAGAUGAUCGAGACUGGCUGUUCUUAAGUGUGAAUGGGGAACUUGAUCGCAUCGGAAACCAGUUGACCUACACUGGGUCAUCCAUCGAAGGCGUCUGUCAUGGGACGCAGAGACUGUUAGAUCUUCUUUUCAACAUUUCUGGGCUGCAGAAUGCUCGCUGGAGUGAAAAAGUGGAAAAGCAGACCGUGUACGAGGGUGCUUCGAUGAGCGCCAUGGCCUUAUUCUUCAUUUUCUUUUUACCAGGCGCCUUCACUUGCGGAACAUGCUCCGCCUUGCGCGCAGCCUCGCAAGAGUGGAUACUGCUCAUUACCAUCAUCCCGAUAGUAGACUUGCCCUUCUUUGCCUGGUCUAUCACUCGAAAAAUUGAAAAAGAUAAUAUCGAGACCACAACGCUGCAAGGCAUGGCCGGUGGACGAUAG